AAGUCGAACAAGCCUAUGUAGAGGAAAUGAACCGAUCAUGUUCACCUGACAUGCAUGACACUGAUCUGUUGAAAUACGACAUGAAAUACGAAAUUUAAUACAAAAUAUAUUAUCUAAAGUCCGAAAAGUACAAAUCAACUCUCAAUUGAAUACAGGAUGCGCAUAAGAAGUCCUACAUGUGCACUUCCCGUAAAAUUAAGUUUCUUGGGACUGACCCUUUUCCUCUCAAUGCUAUGGGCAUUACAGCAAGAUCCAGGGGUGUGGAGGUCCACCAGCUUGUUGAAAGGUCUUUCCCUAAAGCCAAGAUACAGAAGCAGCGAAGUUUGGAAUUCAAGCAGCAUUCCGGUGAAUAUCACUGCACCACUCGUGGAUGAAGGGAUUUUGGCAUUAUCUGAGGGUGUCAGGUGUCCCUCUGGGUUCUACAGCCCGGAGGAACUCAAGCCGCACAUAGAAAGACCUCUUGAAGAUCCCAAAGGACCUGGGGCUGAUGGAAACCCCUUUAUUACUGGCAUGUUGUCUCCUGCUGAGCUGAAGGAACAGCAGGAAGGUUUGGUUCGGAACAGCUUCAACCAGUAUGCCAGUGAUCGUAUAUCCAUCCACCGUGGUCUUGGGGCUGACACAAGGCCGCCGGAAUGCAUUGAGCAAAAGUUCAGUCGAUGUCCGCAGUUACCCACUACGAGUGUGAUUAUUGUGUUUCACAAUGAGGCGUGGUCCACCCUCCUCCGUACGGUUUACAGCGUUUUGCAUACGUCGCCUGCUGUACUGCUCAAAGAAAUUAUACUGGUGGAUGAUGCAAGUACUCAAGAUCAUCUAAAAGCCCCAUUAGACCAGUACGUCCAGACUUUUGGUAUUGUGCGUGUUCUGCGACAGCAUGAGAGGAGAGGUCUUAUCGCUGCUAGACUGUUGGGUGCACGGGAGGCUGGAGGGGAAGUGCUUGUCUUCCUGGAUUCUCACUGUGAAUGUUUUUAUGGUUGGUUGGAACCUUUGUUGGCUCGGUUAGUUCAGGAACCUACCACAGUCGUGAGUCCAAACAUCGCUGUCAUCAACAACAACAAUUUACAGUUUAUGAAGCCGGCGCCCUCGGGCCGUACACACUCCCGUGGGAACUUUAACUGGGUCCUGAGUUUUGGUUGGGAAACCAUACCAGAAAACGAAAGAGUGAAACUCAAAGAUGAGACAUAUCCUGUCAGGACACCAGCCUUUGCUGGUGGGCUUUUUGCCAUUUACAAGCAGUUCUUUGAACACAUCGGUACUUAUGAUGACAAAAUGGAAUUUUGGGGAGGAGAGAACAUAGAAAUGGCUUUUAGGGUAUGGUUGUGUAGUGGAAGUCUGGAGAUCAUUCCCUGUUCUGUGGUCGGCCAUAUAUUUCGCACUAAAAAUCCCCAUUCCUUCCCGAAAGGUUUGGAUGUCAUCACGCGCAACCAGGUUCGCCUCGCAGAAGUCUGGAUGGACGACUACAAGAAGAUUUUCUACAACAGAAAUAAGAAAGCGGCCACCAUUGCAAAAGAGAAAUCGUAUGGGGACAUUAGCGAGCGCCUGAAACUCAAAGAGCACCUGCACUGCAAAAAUUUCUCUUGGUAUCUGGAAAACAUUUACUCCGAGGCAUUUGUGCCUGAUUUAAAUCCUGUGAUGUUUGGAUCGUUAAAGAACAUUGCCACAAGCAGUUGUCUUGAUAUCGGUGAGAAGAAUCCUGGAGGGAAGUCUGUGAUUUUAUUUCUUUGUCACAACAUGGGAAUAAAUCAGUAUUUUGAGUACACAUCUCAUCAGGAGCUAAGGCACAAUAUUAAUAAGCAGCUGUGUCUGCAUGCGACAAUCGAGCCUGAACCCGUGCGGGUAGAGCCGUGCAACUUUAAGGGUGUUGGAACAGAUCCAGCUCCACAGCAGAUAUGGAGUCUUAUUCUCACCUUACCAAAGAUAUAUCUUCUCCACAAUGAUUUGUUUAAUAAAUGUUUAAUGGUGCAGAAGGGCAAUGUCAUCAUGAAGAGCUGUAACCCACCUGAUGUUUAUCAGCAAUGGGCCUUCAGCUGAUCUGAAAGUUCAUUUCAUUUGAGCUCAUCAGAUUACCUCACUUGUGUCUGAAAUGAUUGCACAAAACAGGAUUGAAAAAUUACUGACCAAUGCAUAGUUACACAAACGUUGCAUUAUUCUUUUGCACUAAUGUACAUUUAAAUUAGCAUGUAAUGUGCAUGACAUUAGCGUGUCUUGUUUCGUUUAAUAAUUGAGGACUUGAUUUGAUGCAGUGUUUGUUGAAUGUUUGCAUACUUUUAGUAACACUUAAUAUUUUUUGUGCAUUGAACAUUUACGGAAAGCACUAUUUCAAACAAUGUUUCCUGAAUUUGUUUAUUAAACCUUCACCCAUGUUUAAAAAAAUUAUCAUUACUAUAUGAUUGUGAAGCAUGUAAUUAAUGUAUUUAUUGUAAAAUUCUUAAUAAAAUGUAAAGUCUUUUUCUAAACAACGUGUCACGACUGGUUAUGACAAAAAGUGAUUGGA